AUGGCCAGGACUUGGCUGCUGCUUCUCCUGGCCUUCGGGUGUCCAGCUCUGCCCAUAGAUCUUAUUUCCUUCCCUUCCUCCCCAGCGGUAACCACUCUCCUGAGGCUGGCACAACAAGGUGUGGGCGGCACACCCUUCCCCUCUCUGGCCCCACCAAUCACGCUGCUGGUGGAUGGGAAGCAGCAGACGCUGGUGGUCUGCCUGGUCCUCGAUGUUGCACCCCCUGGCCUUGACAGCCCCAUCUGGUUCUCAGCUGGCAAUGGCAGCUCGCUGGACGCCUUCACCUACGGCCCUUCCCCAGAGGCUGAUGGCACCUGGACUAGCUUGGCCCAGCUCUCCCUGCCCUCUGAGGAGCUGGCAGCCUGGGAAAACUUGGUUUGCCACACUGGGCCCGGGGCCGGCGACCACAGCCAGAGCACACGGCCCCUCCAGCUGUCAGGAGAGACUUCCUCAGCCAGAACCUGCCUCUGGGAGCCUCUCAGGGGGACGCGGGGCCAGGCGCUGCGGCUGGGGGCGCUGCGACUGCUGCUUUUCAAGCUGCUGCUGUUUGACGUGCUCCUGACCUGCAGCCGCCUCCGUGCCCUGCCCUCCACGCUGGGGGACUCCGGGCUCCCCGCGCCCCCCAGGGCCCCCCUGGAGCCCCGCCGUCUCCCGCAGCCUCCGCCCGCAGCAGAGCCUUCAGCUCCAGCCACCUGGAUUCGCCGCAGUGCUGGGGGGACGGCAGGCCCGGGGCUCACCCUGUCGCUGCAGCCCCGCCUUCUCGGCUGGGAGUCCAGGAGCCGGGUGUGGGAGGAGGGGACGCUCCCUACCCACCGAGCCUGGGCCUGGUGCUCGUGA